GGCGGCGCUGUUUACGGCGGUAGCGUCAGUGCGUGUUGCUCGCGCUUGUCCGCAGUUCACACGUGGCAGUGUCGGAGGCGCGUUGUAGCUUCUGCCGCUGCUGCCUUUCCCACUACCAGGAUGAAGCGACCGAAGUUAAAGAAAGCAAGUAAACGCAUGACCUGCCAUAAGCGGUAUAAAAUCCAAAAAAAGGUUCGAGAGCACCAUCGAAAAUUGAGGAAGGAGGCCAAAAAACAGGGUCGCAAAAAGCCUAGAAAAGACCCAGGAGUUCCAAACAGUGCUCCGUUUAAAGAGGCUCUUCUUCGGGAAGCUGAGCUAAGGAAACAGCGACUUGAAGAACUAAAACAGCAGCAGAAACUCGAUAGGCAGAAAGAACAGGAAAAGAAAAGGAAACUUGAAACUAACCCUGGUGUUAAGGCAUCUAACUUGGAACGUGUGAACGAGGAAUUUGGGCAGCGUAAAGCUAAGAACAAAGCCAAGGCAGGCAAACAGAAUCCAAAGAAGUUGUAUUGUCAGGAACUUAAAAAGGUGAUUGAAGCCUCAGAUGUUGUGCUGGAGGUGUUGGAUGCCAGAGAUCCUCUUGGUUGCAGGUGUCCCCAGGUAGAAGAGGCCAUUGUCCAGGGUGGACAGAAAAAGCUGGUACUUGUAUUAAAUAAAUCAGAUUUGGUACCAAAGGAGAAUUUGGAGAACUGGCUAAAUUAUUUGAAGAAGGAAUUACCAACAGUGGUGUUCAGAGCCUCAACAAAUCUGAAGGACAAGGGCAAGAUAAUCAAGCAUUUGAAGUUAAAGAAGAGAGCUCCAUUCAAAAAUGAAGUCUGUGUUGGGAAAGAAGGCCUUUGGAAGCUUCUUAGAAGUUUUCAGGAGACUUACGGCAAAGCCAUUCGGGUUGGAGUAAUUGGUUUCCCAAAUGUGGGGAAAAGCAGCAUCAUCAAUAGCUUGAAACAAGAACGGAUAUGUAAUGUUGGUGUAUCAAUGGGGCUGACAAGGUGCAUGCAGGUUGUCACCUUGGACAAACAGAUCACAGUCAUAGACAGUCCAAGCUGCAUCGUGUCUCCGCUUAACUCUGCCAGCACACUUGCUCUGAGGAGUCCAGCGAGUAUUGAAAUGGUGAAACCAGUAGAGGCCGCUAGCGCCAUCUUGUCCCAGGCUGAUGCUCGACAGGUAGUACUGAAAUUUACUGUCCCAGACUUUAAGAAUCCUCUGGAAUUUUUUACAUUGCUUGCUCAGAGAAGAGGACUGCACCAAAAAGGUGGAAGCCCAAAUGUAGAAGGUGCAGCCAAACUGAUGUGGUCUGAGUGGACAGGUGCCUCCUUAGGUUACUAUUGCCAUCCCCCUACAUCCUGGACUCCUUCUCCACAUUUUAACGAGAGCAUCAUGACAGACAUGAAACAGGGCUUUAAUCUGGAAGAAUUGGAAAAGAACAAUGCACACAGCAUACACAGCAUCAGGGGCCCUCGUUCAGCCAGGAGCAUCCUUUUCCAGUCUUCAGGUCUAACAAAUGGAAUAAUAGAAGAAAAGGACAUUCCUGAAGAACUGCCAAGACAGAAAGAGAAACAGCAGGAGGAGGGGGAGGACCACAACGACCUUGACAGUGACCAGGAAAGUGUUGAUGAAGAAGCUGAUGAAGAGAGCUUAGCCAUGGUCCCGGCAGAAGAGACGUGGGCACUGCCUGAGGAGUCUCAAGCAGGGAUGUGUUUAUGAUACAAUCACAUGGAAAAACCUCUCAUGUGCAGUUUUUAUGUGGUAUGAUCUCAAUUGUAUAGAAGAAGUAUACACAUAUGGAAAAAAACAUUCCUGGAUUGGCAGCUGGCCUGUUCUAGAGCAUCCUCUAGAAGCAGAAUCAUCAGGCAAGCAGAGCUCACCGGAGAUGGUCUGCUGUACCAUUGAGCGUAACAAUGUAAAACAUCACAUUGGAGCGAGUGUUGUGCUGAAUGCUGUUUAUGGCUGCAAUGGCCCCCCCGAGCCUAUCUUCAGAUGCAGUGAUGACCACAGGAAUCUCCUCUUGUCUCCCGUCUACAGCUUGUCGGGGAACAUUUGGGACAAAGUCUAUGGGCUGAAACCCCACAAUUCCUGAAUCUGCAAAGAACACACACAAGGAAAGUAUUAUGAUACAAAACCUCAUAAGCUCUUGAUCUAGAGCCCAAGACAUGAUAAGAGGUAAGGUGAGGAUUAUACUUACUUCAUUCUCCCCCCAUUACAACAUGAGGCACAUAGCCCAGAAACUCUGUGUUUUCCUAUGUGUGACAAGGCUUUUGGAAAAGUAGAAACAUUAAAAAAAAUAUUGGUGGACUGAAUUCUGAUACAUUACUGGUGGGAAUACAAUAGAAUCUUUCCAGAAUGUCUUUUUAGCAAUUUGUAUCAAGAACCUUAAACAGGUACAUGAUCUCUGACCCAGUAAUUCCCCUUGCCUCUCUUAAGUACAAAUCUGAGAGGUAAUCCAAAGUCACAAGUGUGUUUAUAAUUGUGAAAACCUAGAAACCGAAUAAACCAUUUUUUUUCAAACCAUGAACUAUGUCCCAUAAAUAGGCAUGAAAUCAAUUUAGUGGGUCACAAUCAGAAUUUGAGUAGAAAAGCAAUUCCUGAAUUGGAAUAGAGCACCAAAUCAGAAAAGUAUCAGACCACACACCACACACAGCAAUUCUAAGUACUGUUUUGUAAACGUUCCUUUUUGCCUUUUACAAUAUAUAUUCAUUCAUUUACAUUCAUUGGACACUGAGCAUCUAAUAUGUGCUAGGCAUUGGGGUCAUAGCCAUAAGUAAAACACAAAUCUCUACCACCACGAAGGGUAGAUGGACAAUAAGCAAAUACACAUGUAUAUUUGGGUGCUAUCUAUAACAUGUUUCUUAUUGUGGGGAUGCCAUAAAAAAAAGGCUGAGUCACAUUGUUCCAAGACUAUUUUUCCUGUGGAAAACAAACUAUGUGGCAUUAAAAUUAUAUAUGAAGAAUAUCUACCAUCACGGUGACUUGCUUCAGAUAUAAUCACAUGGAAAAACAGGUCAUUGCAGUUUAUAUAUUACAUAAUCUCAUGACAGAAAAAAUACAUACACAGAAAAAAAAGGCAGGAAGGUACUAAGCCAAAAUUUUAGUAAUAGCUGUAUCUAGGCAAUGAAAUAAUUUUCAAUGAAAAUUUAUUGAGCACUUCCUGUGUACUAGCCAUCAUCCAACUACAUAGGAGAUAAAGCAGUGAACAAAGUAUUCUCGUGGAGCCUGAAUGCUGUUUUCCUUUUUCUAAAUGUUCCCACCAAGAGCAUACAUUAUGCAUACAUUAUACAUAUCAUACUUACUUGCUUAAUGUAUGUUGUAUGUAUAUAUGUAAAUACAUACUGUUAUUUCAGAGCACUCUGUGAAGGUCAGGCAAAAGCUAUUCGUCUUUUCCUGUUCUGGUCAACUAGGGUGGGUAGCAACCGCAAAAUGAUUUUUGACAAACAUCCUGAAACCUCCCAAUACUGCAGUAGAGCAAUGGAAUUAUGCAAUAAAGUGAUUUUUUACAUCAGUUAA